UCCUGCAAGGCUGUUCUCUUGACCAUCCGCCGUUUGAGUUAGUUUUAUACGUAGUUUAUACAAAAUGCACCAUAGAGGCGGGCCAAAUUCCGCGCGCUAUUGCGUAUUUAUACCGAAGGCACAAUAGAGGCAAGUUCUGAAUAAGCGCAACAAAAGAACAAAACCGUUAACGGUUCGACACAAACUUCAAAUUCGUGUAAUGUUUGUUAGUUUACUUCGAAAAUUUGAUUCGAGAAACCAACCGAGUUUUCGAUAUUCCUGAUCAAUUUUUCGUGAUUGCUAUAAAAAAAAUAAUAACUGAGUAUCGAGACGAUUAGAGAUUGUUAAAUUAAGAAAUUGAAUAUUUUCAAGCUGUGUCGUUCACAUCGAUAAAAGAGAAAUAUCACCUUGACUGCUGUUUAUUUUGAUCAAACAAGACGAAUUUUUCCGAGACUUGCCAAAAUGUCCGGAAUAUUCGACUUGUUCAGUGGAACCGGAAAUUCUGUAAAUACGCAGUUUUCCUCGGGAUCCACCGAUCCAGCAAAGAAGUCAACCAUGUCAUCUUUGAAUUUAGGGCCGGUGACUGGAAUGACAGCAAAAAACAUUGCUCUUGCUCGUCCCAAGGCUAAAGGUCUUUCCAUUAGAUCCAAAUCGGAUCUCAAUGUCACCAGGUUUGGGCCCAAUGGUGAACGAUCACCCAUCAAAAAAAGUCCUAUCAAGGCACAUCUCCUCAAACCUGAGAUUGGACCAUUCAGCAACAUUUCAAAACAACUUUCUCCACGCAGCCGUGACAAAAAUUCAAAGUUGCAGGUCCUCAAAUCAAAACAAUUGAAAGCAGCAUCAUCAAAAUUCAAAUCUCCCGAUAAUAUUAUGCCUGUGGAAAAAAUGCAGGCAGAGGCAAGUUUGUUCAGGAAACCGUUCACUCCGAAGCUGAACAGAAAACCGUCGCAAGUUUAUCCAGAACCACAAAAAUUGGCACCCUAUUGCGAUGACGAGAAUGAUCUCUAUUCCAUGACUUUGAAUUUGGACCGAGACUUUGUGAGAUUAGUGAGCUUGUCAAGAUCACCUGUAAAGCCAUUUGAAGAUGAGGGAUUUGAAUCUGAUCCAGAAUUUAUAUCAGUACCACCUUGCGGAGAUCGCGAAGACCGUUUUGAAGAAAUUGUUAGUGACGAAUCACCAUCCUUGCCAAACCUGUCGGAGGACGAUUUUGACGACGAUUUUCUUUAAUUGCCCUAAAUAUUUGUAGGAGUCAGAGCGACUUUAAUAGUGAUAACUUAAUCAUCAUUUUUUUCCCUUUUUAUAGCUUAAGUUAUCGAAAUGAAAUUUUUCAAUUAUUCAGAUUGAGAAAUGUAUCCUCCAACGUGUCAUUAUUAUUAUCAUUAUUAUUAUUAUUAUUAUUAUUAUUAUUAUUAUUAUUAUUAUUAUUAUUAUUAUUAUUAUAAGUUCCUGAGAUAUUUUUUUGUCGUAUUCUUUCUUAAAACCCAACAAGCCAGGUGCAGAAAACUUUGUUAUGAUAUGAGUGUACAAAUUAUAAGUGUGCUGAUUUUAUCAUCAUAUGUAAUAAAGAAUAAGCUUUCACUUGA